GGUAAAUUUUAUUUUCGACGCGGCAACACUGUUUACCAUUCAUCUCAAAUGGUCGGAAAACCGGCACUUUCGCGAAAUUUUAAGUAAAGAUUUUAAGCGAGAUUUCAAGUCAAAGGGAAGUGAUUUCCAUAUUUAUUGAAUCAGGUGAAAAGCCUCAACGUAAAAUAUCUACACAAUGUCGUUCCUUGCAAGAGCGCUUCUCAGAAAUGUGCCUACCUUAUGCCAACGCAUGGGUCGUCAGCAGAUAACCGCUGGACGGCUGUUACAUCAAACUGCACCACUGUUGACUGUCAAAGUACAACAACCUGCGCCGGAUUUCAAAGGAUUGGCCGUUGUGGGCAAUGACUUUCAAGAGAUACAACUCGCAGACUUUAGAGGAAAAUAUUUGGUGUUGUUCUUUUAUCCCUUAGAUUUCACCUUUGUCUGCCCAACUGAGAUCAUUGCAUUUAGUGAACGCAUUGACGAGUUCAAGAAUUUAAACGCAGAAGUUGUUGGUGUAUCCGUUGAUUCACAUUUUAGUCACCUGGUUUGGUGCAACACGGCCCGCAAAGAUGGUGGCCUUGGUGGCCUUAGUUAUCCACUUCUCUCCGACAUAACUAAAAAGAUUUCAAAUGAUUAUGACGUGCUGCUCGAGAACGCAGGCAUUUCUCUGCGCGGUACCUUCAUUAUCGAUCCCAACGGCAUCGUGCGUCAAUUCUCUAUAAAUGAUUUACCGGUUGGUCGAUCUGUGGACGAAGUGCUGCGUCUUAUCAAGGCAUUCCAAUUUGUCGAGGAGCAUGGCGAGGUGUGCCCGGCUAAUUGGCAUCCAGAGAAGAACCCAGAUACAAUCAAACCGGACGUUGCCGAUUCAAAAGAAUACUUCCAAAAGCACGGAUAAGCACUUUACUUAGAAUACAUUUUAAAAUCUAGAAUUUAUAGAUUUUGUUGGCAUGAAAAGAAAGUAAAGAAAUAUCAAAGAAUCGAAACCAACUUUA